AUGUCUUCUAUUCUCGCCUGGGUGAGAGAGGACAAUACGACAAUCGGAGCUUACACAUUUCCUGGAUUUCAAAUUUAUGGUGCCGAUGACCUUGAUGGUCUCGUUACUACCACUUGUCAAACAGCGCUUGCUCGGACCAUUCGAUGUCCCACCUAUCUCACGAUGUACAUGUCGCCUCGAGUUGGCCAAUCAACUGGAAACUCUACAUUCACAGAUUUAAUGUGCAGCUCUACUUGUGAUUCCAGUCUUCAGAGCUGGUAUGAUGAUGUCUCUUCGAGCUGUGCUAAUCAAACUCUUGAUUAUGCUGAUCCCACUCUCUUGGGUGGGUACACCUGGCAAGGCUAUAAUGAGACCUGCCUCAAAGAUCCAUCAAGUGGGGAAUAUUGUACUGAUGUGGUGGUGUCAUUUUCCGACGCGGAUACCAUGGAAUCAAUGCCAACUGAUGAGCUUUACUCGUGGUGCUGGACACAGAUGGUUAUCAUGAUGCAAAAUAGUUCAUAUUCUGCAUUCAACGAUUACUAUCAGUCCGGGAUGCAGUAUAUGGUCAGCGAAUGCUCCCUGAGUGCCUCAAUUACAAUGCCCGAAUCUCUUAUUUACCCUCGGCCUACCGUGACCCCGAUGUGCCUGUCGGACGUGAAUUAUACGAUCCAGGCAGGCGAUACAUGCGACUCGAUCGCCAUUGCAUAUAACGUGACAUCUGCCUCGAUACUUACAAAUAAUCCUAUGUUUGUCAAUAACUGCUCAUCGCUCAUUCCUGGAAACACAAUUUGCAUGCCUCUGCCGUGCACGCCUCUGUACACCCUGCAACCUGACGAUGACUGCAUGACUGUUGAAUGGAAAAACGGACUGCGCGACGGUACUCUUCGUCAGUACAAUCCAUGUAUCAAUUACUUUUGUGACAAUCUACAGGAAUCGACGGAGAUUCUCGGAAGCGUAUUGUGCCUGGGUCCUCAAGCUGGCAAGUUCGUAUCCAACAGCAGCUUCCUGCCAAACCCUCCAGCUACCUCAAAUCCCAGCACUGGUUAUUCGAUGUAUGUUAUUGAUCCGCCGAUAAAUGCGACACUAGCCAACGGGACAACGACUCUUUGCGGUUCGUGGUAUACAGUCAAUGAGGGGGAUACAUGCGCCCAAAUUUGUUCCAUGGAGUCUAUACCCUCCAGUCUAUUCCUGGCAUGUAAUCCUACACUUAACAGUACCAAUUGCGAUGCAAACUUGGUUGUCAACACAACAUACUGCGUGGCCCCAAUGAUCAAUUGGGACGAUCCCUCGUUUUGGGUUGAUGAUGAUACGGCGCCUACUACUUCGUCCUUCAAAGAUGACUUCUCCAGCGGGUCCAUGGCACAAUGGAUGACUUAUGACGGUUCUUUUGGCGCGUCUUCCGGUGCAUUGGUUGGGAGCAACUCCUUUGGCGGCAAGGCUCUUAUAAACUCUAACUAUGGGAACUUUCUCUACGAAGUUGAUGUGACACUACCAUCAGCUUCUGGCAACGCAGGCCUUGUCUUCCGCGUGACCAAUCCGAGCGUCGGCGCAGACGCCUAUAACGGCUACUACGCAGGGAUUUCUACUUCCAGCGUUUUUGUCGGUCGCGCAAGCAACAGCUGGACGCCGCUUGGUAGUGCACAAGUCGACCUAGCUAUCAAUCAGUUGCAUCAUGUUAAAGUUGAGGUAGUCGAUACAACGCUCAAUAUUUUUGUCGAUGACAUGAACAAAGUUCUGGUCAGCGUCACAGAUGGCACGUAUACCAGCGGCAUGAAUGGUGUGAGAGUCUAUGGUACUGAAGCUACAUUUGAUAAUAUUCAAUUCAACCCGCUCAUAUUUCGGGAUGAUUUCUCCAGCGGCACCAUGGGCAAAUGGACAACUAUUGACGGCCAGUACCAAGUCUCUUCAAAUGUAGCUGUACUGACUGCCUCACCUGCUGCCAAAGCCGUAACUACCGGCGUCACCUCCGCAGACAUCAUCUACGAGGCUGAGAUCUCAAUCAACUCCACUCCUAAUGGCAAUGGCGGGAUGAUCUUUCGCGUGUCCAAUGCCGCUCCAGGAGCAGAUACCUACAAUGGGUAUUAUGUUGGUAUCGGCAUCGGAUAUGUUGUAUUUGGUUUUGCAGACACUAAUUGGAAUGAGAUUAAGAGGGUUGACGCUGCGGAUAUAAAUGCAGGACAGAUAUAUCAUUUGGCAAUCCAGACAUCAGGAGAUUCAAUUUCUAUCUUUGUAGAUGACUUGAAUACUCCGAGAAUGGUGGUCAAAGAUGACAAAUAG